AAGAGAGAGACCAAUGCCAUCCUCUGUAGCUUGAAGGAAACGAAAAGCUUCUAACGAAGAAGACGACGAAGCAAAUCAGAAGAAGCUUAAGGAAGAGAUGUUCAGGAACCAGUACGACACAGAUGUGACAACAUGGAGUCCCACAGGUCGGCUGUUCCAAGUAGAGUACGCCAUGGAAGCAGUGAAGCAAGGCUCAGCCGCAAUUGGACUCAGAUCUCGCUCACAUGUCGUCCUCGCUUGUGUCAACAAAGCUCAAUCUGAGCUUUCUUCUCAUCAGAGAAAGAUCUUCAAAGUAGAUGAUCAUAUCGGUGUUGCUAUUGCUGGUCUUACUGCUGAUGGUCGUGUUCUCUCUCGUUAUAUGAGAUCUGAGUCUAUUAAUCACUCUUUUACUUAUGAGUCUCCUCUUCCCGUUGGUCGUCUUGUUGUUCGUCUUGCUGAUAAAGCUCAGGUAUGCACCCAACGGUCAUGGAAACGGCCGUAUGGUGUUGGUUUACUGGUAGGUGGAUUGGACGAGUCAGGAGCCCACCUCUACUACAACUGCCCUAGCGGAAACUACUUCGAAUAUCAAGCAUUUGCUAUCGGGUCACGUUCACAAGCCGCGAAAACCUAUUUGGAACGAAGAUUCGAGAGCUUCCAAGAAUCAUCAAGAGAAGAUCUGAUAAAAGAUGCUAUUAUGGCCAUAAGGGAAACUUUGCAAGGGGAAACACUAAAGAGCUCGAUCUGCACUGUUUCUGUUCUAGGAGUCGAUGAACCAUUCCAUUUCUUGGACCAGGAAACCAUACAAAAGGUGAUUGACACGUUUGAGAAGGUUCCUGAGGAAGAGGAAGAUGCUGGUGAGGGUGAGGCCGAACCGGAGGCUGCUCCUGGUGCUGCUGGAACUGGGGAACAAGGUGGUUCAGGUGAUCAAGAUGUUGCACCAAUGGAAAUGUGAGCUACUGAGAAAUAAAAAUCAACUUAAGGGGUUACAAUUUUCUCUUGUUUAGUUCUUUGGUAUCAAAGUUCCAAGUCACUUUUAAGUAUUUGGUUUUUACUCGUUUUAUAACUAGCAUGGGACAUGAGUCCAUUUAACUCGAAUUACAAUGAGACGUUUAGGAUAAAUGAAUUAUUAAGUGUCACUUCU